AUGGCCCUGCCCUGGGGAAUGCUGCUGCUGCUGCUGCUUGGUGGGGUCCUGGCGCAGGAUGCGGCCGCGCAGGGCUGCCUCCUGCUGCCGGACGCUCCCAACGCGGCGCUGGGGCGCCCGGCCGCCCAGUCGUCCAUCUUCCCCAACCACAGCAUCCCCGCCAACGCGGUGGACGGCAACCGGGACGGCGACUGGCGGCACGGCUCCUGCAGCCACACGCGGCGCGAGCACGAGCCCUGGUGGGCCGUGGACCUGGGCGGGCGGCACGCGGUGGCGGCGGUGCUGGUGAAGAACCGGCAGGACUGCUGCUGGCAGCGCCUGCGCGGCGCCCAGGUCCACGUCGGGGAUGCGCCGGCCGAGCGCGGCCGGGACAACCCCAUGUGA